UCACAGUUUACCGGUUGCCGUCCGACUGAUCGAUUGAUCGCAAACCCGAGAGAAAUUAAAUAACAACUCAAGUAACUGUAUACAGUGAAGUAGCGGUGCAUUACUAAGGAUCAACAGCAGGAACGGUGUUGUGUUGUGUGCCUUUGCGUCGAAUUCGAAACGAAAAAGCAAAUUUAGUGAAAAUGUUCAAGUUUGUGUGUUUGUUCGCCCUGGUGGCCACCAGUGCCGCCUCCAGCGCCAAUCAAGUCUCCGAGACAGACAGCCUCCUGACCAAUGCUCUUAAAAUGGUCAAGGAGUGCGGUGAUCGUUCAAUGGUUUUGUGCAUGAAGGAACGCGCGUUACACUACUUCGACACGGAGAAUGGAGACGUCAAAUUGACUGAAGGAAUUUCGUUGAUAAAAACCGAUGACAUCCCAGUGGGGCGUUCUUUAAACGAUGCUGCCUUGCCCGAGGAACCCGAAGCGCGUGAAAACGAGGUCGAUGCUUUGCUAGUGGAGCGUGUGGCGCGAUUCUUCGGCACACACACACUGCAAUUCAAAGUGCCCAAAGACUCCAUUCAGGAUAUGCAACGUGCACUCGAAGAAUCGCGUGGCAAGAAGAAGGAAAAGAAGAAGUACCUCCUGCCUCUGUUGAUGCUCUUCAAAUUGAAGAUGGCCGCACUCCUUCCACUCGCCAUCGGUUUCCUAGCUCUGAUCUCCUUCAAAGCGCUCGUCAUCGGCAAGAUCGCAUUGCUGUUGAGCGGCAUCAUUGGCCUGAAGAAGCUGCUUGAAUCGAAGAAAGAAAACUACGAAGUCGUGGCACACCCCCACUACUCGCACGAAGAACACGGCUACGCACGCUCAAUGAACGAAGCGCAAAAGCUGGCCUACUCAGCGUAUCAGCAAUAGGAGGCGAAGGCGAACGUGGCUAAACGGGAGUGCAAUAUGUAUAUCCUGAAAAAAAGACACUAGCAAAAACAAACCUAAUAUAAUUUUCUAAUUUAUUUAUUUAUUUAAUUUAUAACAAUAAUUGAGUUUAAUCUAGAGCAAUUUUUUUGUUUUAAAAGAACCAAUAAUGAA